UUCAGUGCCACUUUUAAACAAAAUCAAUCAAGAUCAAAAUUUCAAACAAAAUUUUACAACACUCACUCAGUUCCUUUGUGUUAGAGAUAUAUGUGUGUUCAUUAUUGAAAUGAAAACAUUCUAUCAAAAUGAAUAAAUAUUUAAAUGUGAUAAGAGUAAAAUGAAUAUUUUUCAAGCGGAUUUCCAUUCGAUCGCUCAUUUUAGUUGAAUAUAAAUUAUAUUUUGUCACACCUGACACAGUUGCAAUUCAAGCUUAUGAAACGUAAUGCUAACGAUUUAAAUAAGCAAACAUUUUAUCGUAGACUCAAACCGAUUGUGGUUGUGGUUUAGGUUCCAAAUGAGGCGGUAAUUUAUGACGUAUGACUGUUUUUUGUAAUGACAUUUCAAAUUGUUUGUUUACAUUUGGUUACUUUUGCUUAUUGAAUUGCGUAAAAAUCGUGAUUGAUUUAAAUUUUUCAAAUCGGGACUUAAUUUACUAGAUUUUUUCAAGUUUUCUAUCUAGUCAGCUGUUACAAUGCACACUAACAAAUCAUCGACAAACUAUCUGCUUAAUGCUAUACACAAUGAAGAAUCAUCGCAAAAUUUGCUUCGAAUUGCAUUUUGUUUGGCGAGAACAGGGAAAAAGGUGACGUUCAUUUCAAGAAAAUCGCCCGAAUCACUUCCAAUCGAAGACGGUGCAGAUGAAACAUUAUACAGAGACAUUUUAAUGAAUAUCGUUUUCAGCUACUCAUUUGAUGCAACCGAAUUGAUCAAAUAUUUGCUGGGCAUAGAAAAGUUACAACCAAGACCUGAUGUAGUGAUCAUUGACUUUUUGCACACAUUUUUCGAAGAUCAUCUCAUUUCAUCAUGGGAUACGGAUCACAAUUUUCAAUCACAUUUCAUCGAAUGUCACAUGCUCAUAACUGCCAGUCUCUUUAGCACUAUGGACGUAUUAUCAAAUGGUAGUCGUGACAAAUUUAUCAGUGUUAUUUGUAUAGAUCCAAAUCGCCAUAAAAUUUACAAGCGAUUCAUUCAAACUCUUGUCGAUUCAUACUACUAUAAACCAGAUUGUAUUUUAUCAAUGAAGGAUUCGUUGGAACGCUUUGCUAAAUUAAAUUGAUAACGAUUCCUUUGGGUAAAUAAAUAUAUCUUUAUUUGUAUUGAUUA